CAAAGCCGUAUUUCAUGUAAAUUUUUAUUUUUAUUUUUAUUUUAUUUGUUUAAAGGGAAUGAACUUUCUUUGAGUCAUUAUGAUUUGCCUUCUAUUUUCCUGUUUUCCAAAUAUUGAGCAACAAAUUUGUUAAUGUAAUUUAAUGCUGGAGGAGCCUAACGUCACAGUCAAUGUUCAAGCCUUCCUGGUUUUUAUUGGUCAGUUCAUGUCAGAAAUUUGUGAAAAGGUGUGGUAACACGUCACUGAUAUCAAAUAAAUGUGGAACGCCAUUCCCAUCUUCAGUUCAGGAAUUUGUUUUACUGAAAAAGCUGCAUUGGGAGAUCAGCUAUAUCAAAAUGAAGACGACUGUCACUGUGCUCUUUUUUAUGAGCCUCUUUGGACUGAAUUCCAGUUUCUAUGUAUAUCACUUUUAUGUGAACGAGUCUAUGACUUGGGAUGAUGCACAGACAUACUGCAGAACACACUAUGAGGAUCUGUCCACUGUCAGCAGUCAAGAUUUACAGCUACUCUCUAAUAAUUCUCAAGGUAAUUAUUGGAUUGGACUGCAAAAACUUGAUCACUUAAAGAACCUAUGGCAGUGGUCUACUGGUGAGAAGGCUACAAUUAAUGAAUGGGACAGUGGAGAACCAAGUGAUGACUAUCAAAAAUGUGGUUAUGUCAAAAAAUCAAAUUAUAAAUUACGUGAUUUGAUGUGCUCUUGGACUUUACCAUUUUAUUGUAUGGAAGUCUAUGAGCUGAUCCUGGUGCAGCAGACAAACACAUGGGAAGAGGCUCUGGACUACUGCAGACAGCACUACAUUGAUCUGGCCAUUAUAAACUCUGAAAUUAUUAUUGUAGAGGCGAGAAACAAGAUCAAACCAGCCCAGACAGAGGAUGUGUGGACCGGCUUGCGCUUCUUAGCUGGUCAUUGGUUCUGGGUAAAUGGAGAUGAUGUUGACUAUACGGCCUGGUCUGUGGAGGGAGAUCUCCAGUGUCCUGCUAUGAAUCAGCGCUGUGGAGCUUUAGAUAAUAAUGAUUGGAAACCCACAGAUUGUGAUCGAAAGCUCAACUUUAUCUGUGUCAAGAGGGCAAACAUUACUGUAGUCAAUGUUUAAUUUACUCUGCAGAUGUGUGAAGGGAAUUUCCUAAUAAUGGUGAUUGGUGGCUGAUGAUUUUUUGUUUCCUUGCUUAGUUUAAAACUGCUGAACAUUAUAAGAAUAUCAAGAUUCUGCCAUUAUGAAAGGAUGUAAAGAAACAGCCAGUUUUCAGUAAAAUAGCCUAUAACAAUGAAAUAAUAUUCUUUGUGUCAGUAGAGUGAAAUCUAAUAUAUUGACCUUUGGUGUAAUUUGGAUUUAUUUGAGGUGUGCCUUACUUUGGUCACAUGUUUGUAUUAGACACUAUUCUUUAAGUGAACUUUAAGUCACUGGUUACACAGUGGUUACAUUAGUGCUAAUUUCAUCUGUACUCUCUGUCAGGUCUGCUUUUAGGUUAAAGACAUAAGCUCUAUUUGGCAGUCUAGUGAUUAGUUCUCAACAAAUGCAAGAAAUACUAUUAUAAAAUGUUGUUUGUCUACAUUUAAAUAUUAAAUCUUUUCUCAAAUUCUUUCUGAAUGUGACUAUUUUAGCUUGUGUUCCUCAAAGUUUGAUUUAUUAUACAUGGAAUUGUGGCAGAUUUGCACAAACAUUGUUGUCUUUACAAAAUAAAGAAGGAACAUAA